AUGGCAGCGCACCCCUUCACGGCCACGGCCAUCGCCCUCGCCAUCGCCCUCGCCCUCGCCCUCGCCCUCGCCGCCGUCGACGCCCAACCCUCGCAGCCUUCGACGCCCAGCCCUUCGUCCCGUGUCGAAUUGCUCAAUGGCGGCCAGCAUGUCGGCCAGCAUCCCGCGCUCGUCCCCCGCGUGCAGUGCCGCCACGAAUCCACGGCCCGCCGACACAAGAAGCUCCUCGCGCUGCCCGAGGCCCCCUCCUACACGCCCUCGCGCUCGGAGCCCUCGCUCGUCUUCAACCCGCCCUCGUCUGCGCCGAGCGUCUACCACACGCCGCUCAAGUUCCUGCCCAAGGACGACAAGCGGCGACAGCUGUACAGCGCCGCCCUGAGCUACGCUAACACCACGGCCCUCCGCCGACAGUCGUCCCCCGUCGCCGCCCCCGGCACGCCGCUGUCGACGGGCUCACACCUGCCUCCCCGCCCGAGCGCGAGCCUGCCUGCCCCCGUCCGGGCGCCGUACGAGAAGAAGUACCACCUCGACGACGCCCAGAUCCAAGAGAUACGGAAUCUGCGCCUCGGCGACCCGGACAAGUGGACACGCGUCAAGCUGGCCGAGAAGUUUGGCUGCAGCCAGUUCUUCGUCGGCAUGGUCGUCAAGGUGCCCGAGAAGGCCGAGAGGGUCAGCCAGGAGCACGCCGCGGCCCGGGAGAAGUGGGGGAAGCGGAGGAAGAUGGCGCGUGAGGAGCGCGAGAGGCGGAAGGUGCUCUGGGGGCGGGAUCUCUAG